AUGGCGGCCCAAGCCAAGGACCGGCAGUUCCUUGCUGUCAUCGGAGAUGAAGACUCGGUGACUGGACUUCUUCUCGCAGGUGUUGGCCAUGUCACAGACCCCCCCGACUCCCAACGGAAUUUCCUCGUGGUAGACUCUAAGACCGAAACCUCUACGAUUGAGAAAGCGUUCCAAAACUUCACCCAAGAAAGAAAAGAUAUUGCUAUCGUUCUCAUCAAUCAACACGUUGCAGAGCGCAUCCGCCAUAGUGUCGAUUCCUUUGCCGAUCCAUUUCCUGCAGUUCUAGAAAUUCCAAGCAAGGAUCACCCGUACGACCCCGAGAAGGAUAGCGUGCUUAAACGGGUGCGGCGUUUAUUUGGAGAAUAG